AUGAGUUAUGAUUUGGCACGGUGGAAAAUAUUACGUGACAGUCGGUUGUGCCGAUGGAUAGGUGACUCCGGUACUAUAAGAACCAACAGUUUCGCAGCGGUUCUCGACGAUUUCUUUAUGUUCCUACCGCACCCAAGCACUUUAGUUUUUGGAACUGUCUCCCCCAGUGAUCCCGCCGACCUGACCAUGUCAGCUUGUGAUGGGCAAGUGUUUAUCAAAGGCGUCAUGUCCGCAAUCGAAUCACAACACGAAAAUGAGUUGAACCAGUGUGAACUCGAGAAGCAUCUAGUAUUGGCAGCCGAGAAGGGUGAUCUAGACGCGGUUAAACGCCUGGUGCAAGCUGGAGCUGACAUCAUGGGGCGGUACCUCCCUCCGCCAGGGACUCCCUUGGGUGGCGAAUAUGAAAUCCUUAAAAUCUUUGACAACCGACCGCGAGCAUUAGUUAAAGCGAACUAUUAUUUCGAGGUGGAAGAGCAGGAAAUGGGCGUGAGACAGCUCGGUUGGACCGCUCUCCAGGCUGCUUCAGCUGGCGGCCAUCUUAGUACUGUGCAGUUCUUAUUAGAAUCUGGUGGUGACGUAAAUGACCCAGUGAGUCCCGCAAUCGCCGGUCGGACUGCUUUGCAAUGGGCGGCAGGGACUCGAAAUCUUGAGCUUAUUCAGUUCUUACUUGAUCAUGGCGCAGAUGCCAACGCGAAGGCCGAGGCUUCAGGCGGGAGGACGGCUCUACAGAUGGCAGUAGAACGUGGAUGUCAGGAAACAGUAGAUCUACUUCUGCUCAGUGGUGCGGACGUAAAUGAAGAUCCUGCGCUCUCUUACGGAAAAACAGCCCUGCAGGCUGCAUGUGUUCACGGUCAGCUACGUCUAGUUCAAGCUCUUCUUGAUCGUGGCGCGCGCAUCAACGAGUGCUCAUCGAGCAAUUCUACCGUGACGGCACUAUCAGCGGCGGCGGGAGGAGGCCAUCUAGAUAUCGUUGAGCUAUUAAUCAAGAAAGACGCCAAUGUCAACGAGAAGGCGCCGAACACGACCGACCUGACUGCACUACAGGCUGCAGCAAGAAAAGGGCAUUUAAAGCUGGUGGAAUUUCUUCUCGACCAUGGAGCUGAAGUCAACACCAGUAUUCACGAUUAUAGUGGAAGGUCGGCACUACAGACGGCUGUCGAGCAGGGGAACAGCGAUCUUACCAAAUUACUCAUUAGCCGAGGCGCGGAGGUCAACACAAAUGCAGCGAACUACUAUGGUAGAUCUGCAUUGCAGGCUGCUGCUGAGAAUGGAAAUAUCGAGAUGGUAGAAUUAUUGCUCGCUGCGGGUGCCAACAUAGGCCAAGAGGGAUCAGGAGUGGGUGGAAGGACUGCCUUGCAGGCGGCGGCCGAGAAAGAGCACAUUGAUAUCGUCAAACUACUUAUUGGCAGGGGCGCAAGUGCCAACGAGGAGGUUAUGUACUCAGGCGGCCGAACCUCGUUACAAGCGGCCGCGAGUAAGGGACAUAUGGGGAUUGCCCGGUUGCUUGUCGAAAAGGGUGCUGAUCUUAAUGCGGAGGCAUCCUCUUCUCAUGGAUUGACAGCACUGCAAGCGGCCGCAGAUGGAGGCCACAAAGAGAUGGUACGCUGGUUGUUGUCUCUAGGGGCGGAUGUUAAUUGGCGUGGUUGGUUUGGCCAGGGUCGAACUGCAUUGCAGGCGGCGGCGGAGCACGGCCAUAUGGAUAUUGCUCGCAUUCUUCUUGAGGGGGGUGCUAAUGUCAACGCGAAUAUAGGGUCGGGUCUUGGUAGCAUUGCGUUACAGGUGGCGGCCCGGGAAGGGCACAUUGAUAUGGUCAAGCUACUUCUCGACGCUAAAGCUCGUGUAGAUGGACAGGCAGAAUCCGACCCGAGUUACCCCCAAACCCCAUUGCAGGCGGCAGCGAAGAGGGGGCACAUCGAAAUUGCUAAGUGCCUACUCGCUUCCGGUGCGGAUAUCAACGCUGAGCCAGCGGAGUUCUACGGUCGGUCCGCGUUGCAAGCGGCGGCAGAGCAAGGUCAUCGAGAAAUGGUGCGGUGGCUUCUGACAGAGAAAGCGGACAUCCAUGCAAAGGGCGCACAGCACGGCGGAGCAACCGCCAUCGAGGCUGCAGUUAAGGGAGGGGAUAGAGAGAUUGUUGCGAUGCUUGUGUCGCGAGGUGCAAGCAGGUCACUGGCGUUCCGCAAAGCUGCCGCUGAAGGAGAGCUGCAUAUCGUGAAAAUGUUACACUCUCAGGGAGUAAACGUCGACGGAACGGCUGAUGGAGAGGAGAAACUUAAUUCUCCUCCUGAAACCCCACUGCAAUCAGCAGUGUCAUGGGGUGUUUACGACGUAGUCCGGUUCCUUCUAGCCAAUAAAGCCGAUAUUAAUGCCCCCGCAUCCGGGCCCGGUGGAAUGACAGCAUUGCAGAGUGCUGCAUCGAACGGGCACCUACAUGUGGUUCAGUUUUUGCUGGUAAAGGGUGCUGAUGUUAAUGCGCCGGCAUCGGAGACCGGUGGAAGGACAGCAUUACAGGCUGCGGCGGGGACCGGGAAUCUAGAGGUUGUCAAACAUUUGCUGUUAAUGAAGGCAGAUGUUAAUGCGCCGGUAUCGGAGAACGGUGGAAGGACAGCAUUACAGGCUGCCGCGGAGAGCGGGGAUCUAGAGGUUGUCAAACAUUUGAUGUCAAUGAAGGCAGAUGUUAAUGAGCCGGCAUCGGAGACCAAUGGAAGGACAGCAUUACAGGCUGCCGCGGAGAGCGGGCAUGUAGAGGUUGUCAAACAUUUGCUGUUAAUGAAGGCGGACAUUAAUGCGCCAGCAUCAGAGACUGGUGGAGCGACAGCAUUACAAGCUGCUGCACGAAGCGGAAACCUCGACAUUGUCAAGUCUUUCCUAUCAGAGGGGGUGGAUGUUAAUGCAGCAGGGGCAGCAGACGGUGACGGUAGAACAGCACUCGAUGUGGCGUUGGAGUAUAACAACCACGAUAUCGCAUUACUCCUACUCAAAGCAGGUGGAAAGGUUUACGGCACUGUCGGCGCUGACGGACAGAGCGCAUUGCAUAGAGUAUGUGACGACGAAACCUUUGAUCUAUUCCGCGCGAUAGCAAUGGAAUGUGCAGAUGAGGCUUUGAACAGAACAAACCUCUCGGGAUCUACCGUACUCCAUGUCGCAGUAGAGGGAGGUCAUAAAAAGGUUAUAAGCUGCCUUCUCGGGAUUCCAAACUUAAAUAAGGAGAUACGCGACAUACAGCGCAACACACCUCUCAAAAUAGCGAUACAAAAAGACGAUACAAUAACUGCAAAGCUCUUGCUCAAUACGGGAGCAAGAACUGAUGGACUUACACCCAAUGAACUACAGAUAGUUGCAAAUAUCCUCAAAGGUAAAUCAACAGGGUCCGCGAAAAAUGAGCAUGACGAUUCACCUCUUAUACUACUCGGCCAUGAGUAUAGCAGUGGCACGCAAGUUAAACGUACCUGCGCAGAGAGGUUUGAGAUUGACCAUUGGGGUAUUCAUGAGUGGGAAAAGAAUGCAAAGACAUCUAUCCUCUUUCCUAGCCCGGAUACACAGCCCGAUGGCACCGAAACCCUUAAUACCUUUGUAAACCCAGAUUCUUUCCUUCCCAAUAUAGAAUACGAGACUACGACUAGGGAAGACUCCUUGGUCCAGUGGGGCUGGUUAACAUUUCACCAGAGAUAUGAGUGGAUGAGUACAGAGUUUCAUGGGUUCCGAAAAGGCAUCCCAACUAACCAGGAUAUGAAGUCGAAUGCGAAUGUUCUUCUUGCGCCAUACAUUCGUUUCGAUUGGCCUCUCAUAGUCGUUGAUGCUCCCAAACUCAAAUAUGCGUAUGCAAAGGCAGGGCAGACGACAGUAAUUCCAUUCACAAAUGAUGUGGCGGAAGUUUCAGGAUUUACGUCUGAGAAAUGGAGGAUCGAAAUUUCAUGGAUAAUGGUGAAGCGAAAUUGUAGCAAAAAACAAGUAGCAAGCCCAAUGCAGGCCAUCCACUUUAGAGGAAACAUUCCCCGGAAGGUUCCCUCUAUUCCUGGGAGUGCAGCGGAGUUUGUUGUGUGGUUUGUGGCGGAUGUGUGCGAUCAUUGGAUUGCGUUAUUAGACAAAGCGGGGCAACAGCUUGUUGAAAUACGUGAUUUUCAAUUAAUUGCAGAGGGAAGGGAUUCAAAGUUCAAGGAAAGCGAAGUAUUGUUCGGUGAAUUGAUGAUACCACUUAGAAAAAAGACGAAAAAAGACCGGAUUAAUAAGGACAAUAAUACCAAAACAAUCCGUCCAACACCUUUACCCCCAGCCACCCUAUCCCAAAGUGAUGGUCCGGUCGCGACUGAUAACCCGAGAUUAGUUGAAUCUUCUAUGCCGGAGCCUGGCAUUUUAGCUCGCAGGGCAACACAAACGAUUAUAAAACAACCCAAGAACGUACAGCACGUCGCAUUAGCUCCACCUCCAACCGCUAGGGCGGAUCAGGCUCCCAAGACUACAAACAUUAAAGAUCUUCCGAAAAUCCGAGAGCUGGAAAAAAAGGUUAAUCAAAUGGAGAAGCUGGGAGAGCGCUUGUCAAGACUAGAUAGGGAAACAAAGGAGAUGAUCGAGCUUGAGUUUAGUCUCGUCUCUAUACAUGAAGCAAGAGAGUCGGUGAAGAUGUCACAGAGCAUGAAGCGUCUCAGUUGGAUCACGUUUAUUUUCCUACCUUUGAUGUUUGUAGCUGGGCUGUUCGGAAUGAACGUAGAUAUUCUCGAAAGCAACCCUUCAUGGAAAUGGUACCCAAUCUCGGCAGCUCUAUUCAUGGCUUUCGUCAUGUUAGCAUGGGUUUUAUUCAAGUGCCGACCUAUUUCGAAGUCCUUGAAGUGGUACGAAACUAGAGACCCUGGAUCAGUUAUUCGUAAUCCUAGGGGCUGUUUGGAAGAAUGA